AAUGCACAAACGUCAAACAUGUUUUCCAUUCCGCCACCAAAACAGUAAACAACUCAGGUGCAGUUGGAAAAUUUUGGUUUUACCACCGUAAAAAUGAAAUUUUCAUGUGCAAUUUGUGCGGAAGUGCACAAUUUAGCGCAGUUUAAGAAGCUGCUCGAUGUGGCGGAAAUAUUUUCCCAGCUCACAUCGCUGGAGGUGUCCUCGUUGAACGAGGUAGAGCAGUUGAGAGUUUGUGAAAUUUGUCACCAGAAAUUGAUCGAUUUCCAUAGCUUCCGUUCGCUGUGCGUUGCUGCCCACACCAAACUCUCACAGGACCAUGAAGAGCUAUCCAAACUGUGCAUCGUCAAGCUCGAUGAAGCGGAAUUUCCAACCGACUGCCCAGGGGAAGAUGGUAAUGACGUAUUGGCGGAUAAUGACGCCUCCUUCGAAGAACCAUCGCUCGUAAUUGAACCCAUUACCAGCGUCGUCGUGAAGGAGGAACCAGAUGCGCACGAAUACGACGAGGAACGGCCCCAGGACACAGCGAGCGAGGAAGAAUUCGUCCCACCGGAGCCGAAAAGACGGGGAAGAAAAAAGUUGGUCACCAAAGAGAAGAGUGCCCCGGUAACACGCCGGGUCGAGCUGGCGUGCCAUUUGUGCGACGAUAAGUUCCGCACCCAGAACCGGCUCGAUGGGCAUCUGCGGAUGCACCAGGGGCUGAAGCCGGCACUGUGCAAAGAGUGCGGCAAAGAGUUUGCCGGCUGGCGGAGCUUGCGGCGCCACAUGAAGGAGAAGCACCUGAAGCUGGACAUUGGAUACUUUCCGUGCGAUUACGAGGGCUGCACCUACUCGUACACCACCCGGAAGGUGCUGCUGCAGCAUAAGAAGAAGCACGAGCCGGGCUGGGUGAAACCGGUGCCGAAGAAGUGUGUCUGCGAAACGUGCGGCAAAACGUUUUCCUCCGCUGGUUCGCUGAAGAAACAUACACUCAUCCACACGGGAGAGCUACAGUUCCGGUGCGAAAUCUGCGACAAGCGGUACUGCACCGCGUACAAGCUGAAGGUGCACGUGAUGCGCCACCAGGGCAUCAAGAACUACGAGUGUACCUACUGCGGGCAGAAGAAAACCACCCCGGACGAGCUGAAGCGGCACAUGAACUUCCACACCAAGGAGAAGGUGCUGAAAUGUGACCUGUGCGGACAGGUGUUUCUCUCGUCUGGCAAUUAUUCGCGACACCUGAAGAUUGUGCACUGCGGAAUAAAGAACUUUAAGUGCCCACACUGUGAGCGUAGCUUCGGGAAGGCGGAAACGCUCAAAAACCACAUCAUGACGCACACGGGCGAAAAGCCGUACGAGUGUUCGAUCUGCUCGAAGCGCUUCAUCCAACAGUGCGCACUGAAAACGCACCUCAAAACGCACGACAAGCGAAAGAAAGAGCCGAAGCAGAGUAGUAGUAGUAGUAGUAGUAGCGCAGCGGAGGUGCAGUAGGCCGCGAGAAGCGCGCUAUCAGUUAAGUUAAUUUAAAUUUAGUUAAAAUUUAAGGCAGGCAAAACUGGAAGUAUUUCACGUAAUGUUAGCACAGAACAGAAGUAGGGGGCGGUUUUACGCUUUCUCGUGUGACACUUUAUUAACCACAGAAACAAUUUAAUACAUUGAUAAAUGCA